UUAAGGACUUCAGUUUGUUGAAAUGAGCAGUCGUAAAUCAAAGAGUAACAAUUUAAUACAUACAGAGUACCUUUCACAGUGCAAUCGAUCUGCUUUAGUUCAUCAAAAUAAUGCCUCGCAGAAGAUCAAACUUAGGUCGUCGUACUCGCGGAGCAGAAGCAGUGCGACGAGUAAUUGCAAAUCAGACUGAGGAAGAACGGGCAUCAGCGAACGAGCGAAACAGACAAAGAAUGGCUCAAAAACGUGCUGAGGAAGCAGCAGAGCGACGUGCAGCCAGACUUGAGGAUGCACGGUGGCGAGCUCGGCGAGCUCGGCGAGCUCAGCGAUCGCGUUCUGCAGCUUCAGAUCUCCUUCGUUAUCAACACAAUGAACGUGACAGGCUGAGAGUGGCUGAAAGGCGUCAACGCGAAACAGCAGAUCCGCAUCAAAACGUACAAAGAAUUUUACGUGAAAGAUUUUGUUAUCAGAGUUCACAUAGUAACCUAUUUGGAGUACAAGUACAAUAUAAACACUUAAUUGAGCUGCUAAAAAGAACUGCUAUCCAUGGAGAAAGUAACUCUGUUCUCAUUAUUGGACCUCGAGGAUCAGGAAAGACCAUGCUAAUUAACCAUGCUUUGAAAGAAUUAAUGGAGGUAGAAGACGUGAGUGAAAAUGUAUUACAAGUUCACCUAAAUGGACUGCUGCAGAUCAAUGAUAAAAUAGCUCUAAAGGAAAUCACAAGGCAGUUAAAUCUGGAAAAUGUAGUUGGAGAUAAAGUUUUUGGAAGCUUUGCUGAAAACCUUUCAUUUAUUCUGGAAGCUUUAAAAAAAGGUGACCGGACUAGUAGUUGUCCAGUGAUCUUCAUAUUAGAUGAAUUUGAUCUCUUUGCUCAUCAUAGAAACCAAACACUCCUCUAUAAUCUUUUUGAUAUUUCUCAGUCUGCACAGACUCCAAUAGCAGUUAUUGGUCUUACAUGUAGAUUGGAUAUUUUGGAACUCUUAGAAAAAAGAGUGAAGUCACGAUUUUCUCACAGACAGAUGCACUUAAUGAAUUCAUUUGGUUUUCCCCAGUAUCUUAAAAUAUUUAAAGAACAAUUAUCUCUACCUGCAGAAUUUCCAGACAAGCUUUUUGCUGAGAAGUGGAAUGAGAAUGUUCAGUGUCUCUCAGAAGAUAAAAGUGUGCAAGAAGUCCUACAGAAGCAUUUCAAUAUCAGCAAAAGCCUGCGGUCCUUACAUAUGCUAUUGAUGCUUGCUUUAAGUCGUGUAACCACGUCACACCCAUUCAUCACUGCAGCAGAUUUGAUGGAGGCAAACCAGCUGUGUAGCAUGGACUCUAAAGCAAAUAUUGUACAUGGUCUGUCAGUCUUGGAAAUCUGUCUUAUAAUAGCAAUGAAACAUUUAAAUGACAUCUAUGAAGAGGAGCCCUUUAAUUUUCAAAUGGUCUAUAAUGAGUUUCAGAAGUUUGUUCAAAGGAAAGCCCAUUCUGUCUAUAAUUUUGAGAAACCUGUUGUCAUGAAGGCCUUUGAACACUUACAACAAUUAGAAUUAAUAAGGCCCGUGGAAAGAACUUCAGUAAAUGCACAGAGAGAGUACCAGCUGAUGAAACUACUUUUGGAUAAUACUCAAAUUAUGAAUGCUUUGCAGAAAUACCCCAACUGUCCUACAGAUGUUAGGCAGUGGGCAACAUCCUCACUAAGCUGGUUAUAAAUAUAACCCAUGACUUCAGUAAUGUAGUUUCAGGCAGACUUCUCUAAAGAACUAAAAGCUAUUGUCCUUUAAUAAGAUGUGUUAAUACAUUUUUUAUACUUAUAGACAUGUAUUUUUGUAUUUAUGGGGAACUGUUACACAGGUAGUAUUCUUGGCUAUGUCAUGCCUUUAAAUCAUAAGCAGUUACGUGAUUUAUAAUUCUAGUAAUUUAGACUAUGUUGAAGUAGAAGUUAAAUUAAAUGUGACUAUUUCUUAGAUAUUGAACCAUAUACUUAUUUAACAGUUAUUAAGUAUUUUUGUGUUACAUUUGAAAUGUUCAUUUCAGUCUAGCAGCCAAUGUUUUUAUAAACAUUAAAGAAAGCAUUAAAGAAACAA